UUCAUUUAUUCCCCGUUUCGGCUCCCCUCGCAUGGCAGUCUCGAUCGUUUGAUGUGCCAGAGAGUCCGUCGAUCGGAUGAGGGGAAGACCCAAGUCAAAAACUUCAACAUCCAGCGCUCCACUACCGAACGUAAACUGAGAACUCGGCUUCAGUGCGUAUUUAGACCUAAUCAUUUCUGCAGCUUAGUCAUUCAAUGUCGUAACGCAGCAGGCGUGGAGAAGAAAAUAACUUCCCGGAAUGUUGUAGGAUUCUGGGACGCUACAAAGCAGAGCGAGCGAUGCCAUAUCCAGCCAUUUGGUGGGUUGCUUAAGUGUGGAAAAUCCUUUAAAAUAUAGCAUCUGUUCAAAAGGAAAGAAGUUCAUUUUUGGUCAUUUUAAGAAGCCAAUCGACCCUAAAACCUUAAUCACUGAAGAACGUCAUUUAUCUGGAUCCGUACAGCUUUUAAACAUUCUUUAUUUCAAAGUCAGACCUGUUGAUGGGGUUGGAGACGUCGUUAGUACUUUUUGUGAAUAGGGAGUAAUUAUCCUACCUGUGUUUUAUUUACGUCAUGACUUCUGGUUAUAUGCAUGUGAUGGACAGAUCUAACCGCCUGGAGAGCCCAAUUACUGCCAAUCUGGAAAAUCUACAAGCUAAAAAGAACUUCUCAGUAAGCCAUCUGUUGGACCUGGAGGAGGCAGGGGAGAUGGUAGGGACACCGAGCGACGAGACCACCGGAGAAGCGGCAAGGAGUAUGCUGGAAUCGCCGGGUCUAACCAGCGGCAGUGAUACCACGCAGCAGGACAAUGAGCAGCUGAACACAGAGGAGAAGAAGAAGCGCAAGCAGAGGCGGAAUCGCACCACCUUCAACAGCAGCCAGCUGCAGGCGCUGGAACGCGUGUUCGAGAGGACGCACUACCCCGACGCCUUCGUGCGGGAGGACCUGGCGCGCAGGGUCAACCUAACUGAGGCGCGAGUGCAGGUCUGGUUUCAGAACAGACGGGCCAAGUUUCGCAGGAACGAGCGGGCCAUGCUCGCUAGCAAGAAUGCCUCGCUUCUCAAGUCCUACCCGGGGGACGUGACCGCGGUGGAGCAGCCCAUCGUACCCCGGCCUGCCCCCCGACCCAACGACUAUCUAUCCUGGGGCGCUUCCGCUCCCUACAGCGCCAUGGCUACCUAUCCACCAACCUGCGCCAACACUAAUACCGCCCAGGGAAUGAAUAUGGCCAAUAGCAUCGCCAACCUCCGUCUCAAGGCCAAGGAGUACAGCUUGAACCAGGUGCCUACCGUCAACUGAGGGCAAGGAGGUGGCUUCAUGGGCAGGGGAUGCUGGGAAUCGCGGUCCUCCAUGAAUAGAGGCAUCCUGAUUGGUGCACCAGCCCUUCGUCUCAAUCCACACAGGAGCCCCUCCUCCUGCCGACACGCCAUCUUUUUUUAAUGAAUGUAUUUUUAAUAGCUUUUUUUUUGUCUUGCAUCUAUUGUAAAGGAAGGGGGAUGGGAAAAACAAAAAAACAAAAACUAAGCGAGACUCUGAAACUUGAAACAUUUCGGAAAUUGUUCCUUGCGAGGAUCUCCGACACGAUGUGCUUUUGAAGUUCCCUGUGACACCCAUCUGGACGUGGUUAUUAAAGUGAAUUUAAUCUGAUUUUAGGGCAAAAAAAGACAAAAAAUGUGGAAAAAAUGGGUCUUACUGCUUCACACUUCUGAGUGUUCAUGAGACUGCUGGGGUUUUUUUGUCCAAGGCCCCCAUCUGAGGUGACAUCUGGACACCAUGGAUAAGACUCUGAAGCUUUGUCCCACCAGCAGACAUCAGUUUAUCAUCGAUUUGCGCUGAACUGGAAUAAGAUCGGACCGACCAACGAAAACCCUUUUGGAGUUUUAUCGAUGCAAUGCUUUUCCGUGAAUGUAGCUGGGAAAGUGUUUAUGUUUUAUUUGCGUCCUUUUUUUAUGUCAUCUUCCAUUUUAUAUCACUCCCAUGCAAAAGCAACCGAUGUAUUUUCAGUUUCGUUUAUCGUACAGGCAAACCAGUGUAACCCAUUUUGUACAAAAAAGGGAAACUUUUCCGAACCCCAAACAUGGUAUUUCUUUUACUGUGUAUAUACCUUGAUUAUAUCUUUAUUUGUAACAAAAAUCCUAUAUAAUAAAAAUACAGUUGCAGAAAUACAAUGGAGUAACUUACAGAGGCGGAAUGCAUGAUUCUGCAGUUCUAUAAGACUAGUAAACGAUGCAACGUAUCACUUUCUUGUAGCUUGAAUGCUCUCGCCUAACUUUCCGUGUGAAUUUUCAGCAGUUAAUCUCGUUAAAAAUGCAACGUAACUUUCCUGGGCUGUUGCUGGCGACAGCAAUGCAGUAUUGAGGAAAAUCAGACAACUUGAGCUUUUUUAUAAUCUCUGCUUAAUACUAUUUCAGUGCAGAAACAGGGUCAUGCAGAAUAAAUAUCUAAGCAAGUGUGCUUUUGUGGAAGGCUUUGAUUGUGGUGUCUGGAUUUCCUCAAGACGUUACUUGAUGGCAUUUUAUUGUGUAAAUGUUGACAUACGCACUCUUAUCUCGGUAAAGCACUAGCCCUUUGCUUAAUUUUAAUCCCAGUGAGUCAUUUAUCAUAUUUCCCUUUAAUGUCUUUAACAGACGCUAAAGCCACACUGUCUGUCAUAACCGGUCAACCUGAAACAAGAAAUAUACACAAAAUACUGUUUCCCGCAAAGCCUGAGAGAUUAGCAUAGGGUGCUUGACAUCUGUUGGACCUCAUUGGCCACCGUACCAUGUGACCACCGUCAGUAUGUAACCGCUCCAAAACAACUUUGCAUAGUCUACAUAGAGUAAACUGUCAUAACUUGUGCAGACGGUCACGUCCACAAUCAGAUGAACUUUGUUGAUGUUUAUUUUGGAAACAAAUGGGGAGGUGCGGGGGGGUCUGUCUUCCUACCAUAUCAGCACUGCAAAUAAACAAUGCCCCCUGUUUAUUUGUCAAGCAUAGCUUACCUGUUUUGAUUAUGCUGGCACACAUUGGCUUUGCGGUUUUAAGAGCUGUGCUAGCUUGUAGCAUGUGCCAUGCAGCCUGCUGAUUGGGUGGGAAACCCUAACCCUCCAGCAGCCGAGCUGAUUGGCUCCCCCCUGCAAAUCAGCCGGCAGCUGAGGUGCUGCAUUGCGUGCAAAGGGGUUGAAGUCCACCCAACCCCCCGCCCCCUGCAUCCCAAGGGCUCCCUCUAUUGGACGCCUCCCCCCCCCCACGCCUCCACCGCACCUACACCCAUGGGGACCCAGCUGUCCGGGAGUGAUGUCCCUGAGAGACCCGGGGUACAGAGCACCGGCGCCUCCCUUCUGGCCUCUCGCGGUGUUUAUCCCCCCCCAGUCUUCGGCAGAAUGACUCCAGCUGCUUGGCAGAGGCCCCUCCCUGGACCCCGGUCAGACGUACGGCAUGAAUAUUUUGUCCGCAAUGAACUGUCCACAUGGAGGCGCUCUGCUUUCUAAUUAUAUGCAAAUUGCCUCCCUGUGAGAGACUUUUCCCCUUCGCUCAGCCGAGGCUAUUUAAGUCAAAGAUCGAUACUGUAGACUGACUUAAGCGAGAAAGAGCAAAGAAAAAAAAGCUGGACCUUCUCCAGCGUUACAAUAAAAUGUUAGAAGAGACUGCGCUGCCCCAUGCCAAGAACCAUUUGUACCUCAUGAGCAAACGUAAAGGCUAUUUUAAAAUUCUAGUCAGAAUUCAAGUUAUGAUAUAGUUUAUGGCCCAGCAAAGAAAGAUGUCAACUUCACUUAAACUUAAAAACGGCCCUUUAUGUCAGACUUUCCCAAAAGUCGAGAUUUUCCCAAAGGCAAGAUGCACAAAGGGACUGUAAAAUAUUCAUUUUGGCAACAAAUCAUUUCCUUUAGUGGUUAUAUGUUUUUAUUCUUUAACUGCUUAUUUUCAACCCAAGAGCUCUAGAGUUUUCUUGAAUUUUAAUAUACAGUUAUUACACAAGUCGACGUUUUCCCUGAUUACUAGUUACGAAAGUACGUGUGUGGGCAGAUACUGUAAGAUAUAUCCCAUGUGUGCCUUACAUUGCAAAUCAAACUCAUUCAUUGAUUCAAGUGACACUUAUUCAAAUAAAACUGACAAAUAUUUAA